AUGCUGGGACAGUUAUUAUGUUUGACAUGUACUCAUUCUUCACGAUGUGCACCAUUUCAAGGUUACAACGACACGUGCGAUCCGGCCAUAUCACAACCGUUUGCCACUGCAGCAUACCGAUUUGGACAUACGCUUGUUCGACGAAUGUUUCCACGUGUGGACAACCAUUUCAGGCCUGUGUCUGAUCCCGUUGAUCUGGCGUCUCAUUUUGGAUUUGUUGAGCCCUUGUACAAUUUCACAGCUGGAGGAAUGGAUUCGAUAUUGAUGGGUCUCUUAAGCACGCCGAGUAUGGCCUUUGAUCGGCACAUAACGAGUGCUUUGCGGAAUCAUUUGUUCGAGCGAAGAGGCGAAUCCGCAUCCGGAAUGGAUCUGAUCGCCAUUAAUAUUCUUCGGGCCAGGGAUCACGGCGUUCAGCCCUACAACGAUUUCCGUGAAUUCUGCGGUCUGAAAAAAGCAAAAACAUUCGAGGAUUUACGGGCGCAAAUGAGCAGUUCAGCUAUCAGCGCGCUCAAAAGUGUUUAUGACGAUGUCGAUGAUAUCGAUCUUUUUCCAGGACUAACAUCAGAAGAUCCAGUCAAGGGUGCCUUGCUUGGGCCGACGAUGGCUUGCCUAGUAGCCGAGCAGUUUGCCAGAUUGAAGCAGUGCGAUCGCUUUUACUAUGAAAAUGGCGAUGUUGCCGGUCAAUUUACGCCCGGUAUUUUUCUGAUUUGUACAAGAAGCUACUUAAAUUCACAUAUAUGA